AUGUUGGACGAAAAUAAUAAGAGCACAGAUGAUCGACCGAGCAAUCGCUCCCAUUUAGUGAAAGCGAAAAUCGCUAACUACGUGAAAGAAGUUGAGGACUCAAGGAAGAGAAAGAGUCAAGCGCUCAGCUGCAGAAAGGUUAGCUGACAAAAAUAUAUAUAUACUCAAAUCUAAAAUGCCCAUAUAGUAAAUUUACUCUAUAAAGUACUUAGUCAAAUUUCAUAAGCUUAAGGGUAAAGUGAAGAAGAGAAGAUAAUUUUAACAGAAUUUUUCCAAUUGAAACUGAAAUAUUUUUUCUGAUCAAUACCAACAAAUGGCGGUAAUAUUUACUGUUUAAAAUUUGAUUAAAACAUGUUUAGAGCAAAGUUACUUUCACGAUUAUAAGGAUGGAAUCGUAUUAAAGUUCGUUGAAAAUACCUUUUGAACAGCGCUAAGAUUUCGUGAACGUAAGCUUAAUUUUUUCAAGUUGAAGCUUAAGUUUAGAAAAGGAUUCUUUAAAAAAAACCGGGAAACUUACCAAGUUUCGGUCAUCAGGUCUUUUGGCGACCAUUUUUUCAGUCAGGAUGUGGAAAGAUAUGCCCAAAAGACAAACACUCUUUUUUUGGUUUCAACACCACAAAAAAAAAACAAGAAAGGCACAUUUUUAAAGAUGGCGGAAACACCUGAUAUGACACUCGACACGUCAAUCAAUUAUGUUCUCCCCAGGCCCUGGUCUACGGUUAGCGGCGGACUGAUAUUCAGAAAAAACGUGUUUUUUCUUUUUUUUUUCUUUUUCAUCUUAUUAGGAAAUGAAUAGUAUUAACAAAAGCAGCAAGGACCAAGCUGACGUAUUCCCGAUAUCGAUGUCGAAUUCACCGAAUUCUUCCUUCCAAGAACAAGAAGAGAUCAAACGGGAAAUUACAGUAAACAGCAACUUGGAAGGUAUUAAGUCAAAAAUGAAAGCGGGUUGUGGUCGAAAAGACUACAUUUACAGGCGUUGGACCUCACACAUUUCCGGGAUGCUGACCAACUCACCGUAAUAUAGCGAUCUUUUCUCAAACAACUUGUAUCAUAAAAUUUCGUGGGGGAGGGGGAGGAAUCUGCAAAAGACGAGCAUCCCACUCUAAGGAAGAAACAGUAAUAUCAAGCGGGUUAUAACAACAGAAAUCGACUUUAUCUCUAGUCCAGUGGGUCUGUUUUGCUGGAGUAUUUAAGUUUAAACAUAAAUAUAGCGCUAUACAUGAAAUAAAUAAAUAAAUAAAUAAACGAAUAAAUGCCUGCUUAUUACCCCUUUUUAAAGUCUUUCUAAGGGACAAUAAUUCCCUACAUUAUUUCUUAGAGCAAGUUUCUAAAACGUUAUGAUAGGCAUCUAAACUGGCAGGUUUGAGAUAAAUAUGUUAUUAUUUGCAAUGGUGUCAGAAGAGUUGAAAUGGGAACUACCACCAGAGCUCCGAGGGAUACUCGAACACUGGACGUUCUGAUCACGAUUCUGAAGCCCCGCCAAAUUUCUCCGCAUACUACAAAAUGAAAACUGUUUAGUAUGUAAGUUUACGCCUGUACUUAGCUGUGGAUUCUAGUAUCUAAUUUUUGUGAUCUGCAGAUAAUCUUGAUCAGUACCAUAUGGAACAUGAGCUCGGCGAAGGUGGAUUUGGUCGAGUCAUUGCUGCCACACGAAAGGCUGAUAAUGUGCCGGUAAGAAAAAGACAAAAAUAGGUAGAUAUGAUAUGUAAAAAAUUAAAAAAUCAAAGAAAUAAAAGUUACAAAAUCAUCCAAAUUUCAAAAAAUUCUUACAUUUGAUUCUUUGUUUAAUUUCAGGUGGCCAUUAAAUUUGUUGAUAAACGCUCCGUUAAGGACCUUAAAGAGGUUAGACCGAAACAGCAAAAGUAGUAUAUAUCAUUAACAAUUAUUCCUCGAGCCCGAAUGAGCGAAUGGGCUCUGAGUCAAAUAGCCCAUGAGGCCGACGGCAGAAUGGGCUAUUGACUCAGAGGCCAUAAGGGCGAGAGGAAUAAUUGUUUAAGUAAAAUCCAACUAAUUGGUCAAAAAUAUCGAGACAAAGCAACUUUAGAAAAACGCGAUUCAGCCGCCAUUGUUUUGGUUUUCGAAGCAGGCGCUACUACUGGACUAUAACAUAUAGCCUAGUAGUAGCUCAACCAAUCAGAACGCAGCAUUGAUAACAGACCACUAGUUGGAUUGUACUAAUUUCUGUUAUUCAUGUGGUAAUAGCACUUUUCGGCAGGGAUUAAAUCAUGUCAACAGAGAAUAAUGGAACAGAAGAGGGAAUCUUAGGACAGGUGGCCGGGAUAUGUGAAUUUCACUUAAGUUAUUUUGAGAGGUUAUAAAAAAAAAAAACGGAAGUCUAAUUCCUGGGACGUCGGCACAUUUUUAUCGAUUGAUUGAACUGUCAUCAAUUCCACACGUGACUGCCUUAAAGCAACUCUCUUUUUUGGUCAACACUGAAGAAAAUUUUGAGAAUCCUUCCAGAAACCAACUUCCGAUUAAUUUCAAACGUUUAGUUAAUCUAAAAAUAACUUAGUUGAAGUUCACAUAUACCAGGGCCGGGUAGACUGGGCGUUUCCCUCACUGUCCCUUAUUCUCUCUUGAUCACGUUCGUCUAUUUUAUAGUAAACAUAUGUUACUCAUGAACUCGUUCAAAAUAACCACAGUGUAAUAAAUGUUAAAAGUCGUUGUAUUCUAAUUUUUCCUUUAAGGUGAAUGGUAAGAAAAUUCCAGCUGAGGUUUAUUGGAUGAUCAAGGUUCAACAUCGUCACGUGAUUAAGAUUUACGAUUUCUUUACAACUGGAAACUAUUACGCUUAUGUCAUGGAAAGGCCGCAAAACUGUCAGGAUUUGGGCAGCCUUUUAUUUGAUAGAACAAUGAGAGAGAAAGAAGCUCGGAGGUAUUUCACCCAGAUCAUUGAAGCAAACAUCAAAUGCGAAGAAAACGGAUUUAUUCACCGGGAUCUUAAGCCAGAAAAUAUCCUGGUUGAUUUGGAUUCCGAUGAAGUCAAACUAAUCGACUUUGGUCUGGCGUCUGAGAUACAAUAUGAACCUUAUAAUUUGUUUAGAGGUAGGCUAUGUAAUAGUUAGUCAGUCAGUUUGUCUGUUUGUUUGUUUAUUUGUUUUUUGUGUGUUUUUGUUUUUUCAGUAUGUGUCAGUGAUAAAGAAGUAACGCACUUUUAAUAGUAGCUCUUUUUUAAAAAAACUAAAAGCGUUUAUCAAACCGUUUGUGACUUAAAUAGCUAUUGGUUUAAAUGUUUCAGGUACCAGGGUUUAUAUGGCGCCGGAAUAUUUUAGAUUUGGAUGGUAUGAUGGCUGCCAGGCUACUGUCUGGGCCUUGGGGAUGAUCUUGGUGGACAUGCUUUCUCCAUAUAUGGCGUUUAGUAAGCCCGAACAGGCCUAUAGCAGGCCACCCAGGAUCCCACAUCAUCUAUCACCAGGUAAUAUCAUGAAUAAAUACAUUUUAUUUACUAAGCUUGUAGACCAAAAUUCUAUGGCCAAUAAUAACCCAAUACGUUGUCCAUGGCAAAUUUCGUUUAUAAGUAAGUAAGAGAACUAUACUGCAUUGAUAAAAGGGAAAAACAAGGGAAUCCAGUUUGUUACUUAAAAAGUAUCUGGCCUUCAAAUAAGACUUAUGUAUAGCCUUGUUAAAUUUAUCAGCCCCAAAUUCAAAAUCAACACAAAUAGUCUCAACGAAAACGUCCACGUUUGUAAUUAUUUUGAGCUCCCUAUUGCAUAUCGAAAAAACCUAGACUAGACUAGCUGAGAAGUUCUGUAACAUUUGAUAUAUUUUAAAGUCUUACUGUUACAUAUCAACUUUUAUUACUUAAUUUCAUUUCAACAGAGGCCAAGAACCUGAUCAGCUCAUUGCUGAAUGUUGUACCAAUGAAUCGACCGACACUGCGACAAAUUUUAAACCAUCCUUGGUUUAAUAUGCAAGGUAGGUAAACAAUACUGAGCUGGUACUGUACACUGCUGUUGACUUGCACCAUUGUAGGAGCUUUGUCUCCUUUCCCCAGGGCGAUGCCUGUAAAAUUUUUGACUCUCUGUACGCCGUGAAGCCCGCACAAAGCAUUGCUCGGCGUUCCUGCAAAACAGAAUUCCUUCCAAGUAUAGACAUUGUCGCUUGACGUUUUCAGUUAUGAUUGAUAUCUUUGUAAGGAUAUAAACUUCUCACAAGGCUGUUGUAUUCUUUUUUUUAGGUUCACCAGAAAACGUUUCUUCAAACAUCCUUGCGUAAGUUUGUAUGUUAAACACAUAUCGUGUGCUUAUUUGGUGACUCAGCUGGAUCCCAAGAAAAACCCUUUUGUCAUAACAAAGAAAUCUCUAGCUAAUGAGGGCGGAACGAGUAGACUGGGAUGACUGGCUAUCGGCCAAGUAUCCUACCUUCUUACAAGCCUAAUCCAUCAGUUCAACCAUGCAAUUUAUGUUGCUUCUAAUUUCCUUACUAAAAAGCAGGCUUUUUUCAGCGUUUUUUGUUCUGAAUGCAUGUCACUUUCCACUAAUUACAAUGAUUUGUUUUCUGAUUUUUAGCAAGGACAAAUGCCGUGAUGAAGCAGAUGAACUUUCUUCGGUGACUUUGUGCGGUCUGCAGAGUUGUUCUCUGUCAAAACAGGAUGAAACCGACCGAGUUGAAUUGAUUGCCAAACCGUGCUUGCUCGGUAAGUGCCUUUGAUUUCCUUGUUUCGUUCUUAUCUCAAGAUGAUGAAAUUCUAGACGAAACAUAAAAAAGGCUGGGCUGCUCCCAUCAAUGCUCACUGAAACUAAGUUUGAAAGCCCCUUGCGUGCAUGAGCGAGGUCUCCUUCGGACACAUUGAACUUCCACUAGAACAGAAAAAGUUCUUUUUUUUUUCAUUUCAUUUUUGUUGAUGCUUCUGCAAUUGUGAGCGCGCAACACUAUAUGAAUGUUACAGUAAUUAUGCAUGAGGUUAUUCAAUCAAUAAUAACUUACAGUCGCUGAAGUUGAGUAUCUUCCGAUGUUCCGAACGUUGACGUUGAUGACAUCACCCAUGUUCAAGCUGUCAUGAUCAGAGAACGUAUCAAAGAGAAAUUUCGCAACAAAUGAUCUUACCUAUUCAUCUGCUGCCAUUUUCAAACAAUCUCUCAAGCAAAAAAGCUAACACAGCUUGUAGUUUUCCCGCCCAAACCUUUCUUUGUUGUUAUUCAGGUUCAUCUGCUUCAGGUUCUGGGUCGACCGAUUGCACCACAUCCUUCAGUACCAACUCUUCCAGGUCAGUGCAAAGCGACAUAAUCGCUUCUCCUUAAUUAAUAAAUCGAGCACCAAAUUAAAACAGUUUUUGAAAACAAGAAAACGUGUGUUCUUGUAGUUUUUUUUAACAAGCGAGUGGACUGAUUGUGUGAACUGAAGCUUUAAACAUGAUCAUAUUGAUGUCUUUCCAUGACACAACCUCAGUCCUGAUCUGAAUCUAAGAAAAACGCCGACUCGGAGUCUGGUUCCACUGUUCUUUUGUUUCAUUUACCGUUUUUUCUCCCUAACUAAUAAUCGAAAAUGAAAACGGAAGGAAAGAACACACAAACCCCGAACUCCACCCCCACGACAGCGUUUAACUGACACCCGACCAUAAAAUCUUAGCCGAACGCUGAGUAGGAGAGGAAUCCGGCAGAAUGAAAAGUCUGCUUCAUCGAUUAGACUUCUGUCCAGCAAAUAUAGAAAUCGGUAUUAAUAAGUAAAUCAAUGAAUAAAUGCAUUAAAUUAAUCAUUGAAUGAAUUAAUAAGGAACGAUUUAAAGCAAAAUAAAACAAGAAAGAAAAUGUACCUUUUACGAGAAAGGUAUGUCUUUGUUGUUUUCAGAGAUUCUAUUAGAAGCCACUCUUUUAAGUCGUCAAAUUCAUCGGCGCUUACAUCCUCUCAAGUGGAGUCUGAAACGUUUGUGGAUAUACAAAACACAAGCAAGUUAACUGCCAUGAAAGAGGAUAUUCAAGGAACUGAUUGCAACAUUUUUCAACCCUUGACUGUGUUAUGUAUGAUGUGGUAUUGUGGCUACCAGGCCACUGUUUGGGCUUUGGUAAUGAUCGUAUUAGACAUGACGUUUCCAUAUAUGGUGUUUAGUAAACCCAAGCUGGCUCAUAAACUGUCCACAAGAAUCCCGCGACUUCUUUCACCAGGUAAUAUUAAUAGAUAUUUAAGAUACCAACCCUUACUAGCCAGGAGCCACCGAAAAAUCUCCUCAACAGUCAGUCCGUAAAUAAGAAAUUUAUUGCACCACCGAAAAGGAAAUUCGCCCUUUUUGGUGGCUCAGUCGUGUGGUGUAGAAUACUUACGACAGAAAUAUAAUAUGAAAAAUUAGACAAGUCGACUAAGAGCGUAGGCUCCGCAAAACACUGAACUUUUAUCGAUUAGGAACAUCUCAAAGUCAUUAUACAUCAAUCUCCAUUCCAAAUUUCAGCUGAGGUCUUCCUGCCAGACAAAGUUCAGCAUCAUCACGCAAUGGAACGGUCACUGAACUGCCAGGAUUCAGGUACUGAUAUAACGAAUAAAAAUGUAAUUCACUAUCACACUACCGUAAUUCUGCCUCAAUCUGACUUUGAUUUUUCACGGGCUGCAAGAUGCAGUCUAUUAAGAGUUUUGAAGUGAGCUUUGUUAAUAAUGGUUACAAUAGGUAUAUUUUGAAUAUCAAUAAAUAUUAAAAAUCUUUUUGUCGUUUUUGUGGAGAGCAUGAAGAAACACAAAAAGGACAGGGUCUCAGCGAUCUGCCAAAUUACUUUCAAAGAUUUCAAAAGGCUUUGCGGUUUUCGUUGCGAUAUCGAUUAACGUGUUAUGACUGCCUCGUACCCAGACGUCUCUCUUUAACUUAAAACGUGCGCGCAAAGGAAGGCGGGAAGGAGACAACGGGCGUCUGUACCCUUCCCAUGGUCCCUUGCGGUUCAUCACCAGUCACUGGUUUCGCGCUCGCAUCUGCCAUGCGAAGAACGAAGCGCCUGAGGAGGAGGCAGGUGUUAUGAUUUGAUGUCUUUAUUGAGAUUUUAACAUAUGAAAGGUCUCUUUUUUUUUUUCUUGUAGGUCCCGUAGAAUACACUUCCUCCAAUUCGUUUGAGUAAGUUUUAUGCUGAACAUAUUUAUCAUGUACUUAGUGACUGUAUCCGAAAAACAUUCAAUCUUAACACUAAGAGCUUCCGUAUAACAGGAAAGAUCAAACGGAAGUCCUCAACUAGCCCUUGUAAAGGAGAAUACACUGAGAAUACAGUGAUCAUUUGUCGCACGCUCUUUUAAGCCCACCGCAUCAUUUGAGUCAUUUUCUGUUAGAUUUAGUCAAGACGGCGACUUAUUUUUUAUAAUGCAGCCUUAAGAUACAUGCUGCUUGCCACUACUAAAAUACGAUUUGUUUCCUGAUCUUUAGCAAGGACAAAUCCUGCGAUGAAGUACAUGGCCUCCCCUUGGUGACUUCAGAUUGUUUGAGUUCACUUACUCUUACAAAAGAGGAGGAAACUGACCUAGCAGAAUUGAUCGCCAAAGAUUGUUCUCAUAGUAAGUGUUUUCAGUAUUUUUGUUUCGUUUUAAGGGUCUUCUAAGCCGGAUACGAAAAGCGUGGAAUUGAAAACUAGUUUGCCGCAAGCAAGCUUCACAUCGACUUCCUAAGAGUCCUCUGCUUCCUUAGAUCCUGAACACUCUAAAACAACAUGUCUUCCUGCAAGCAACGGAGGCAAACUCCAGUCGUUCAGAGUCUCCUCACCCCACAAAAAAGCUUGCUCGCAGAACAACACCGUACAACAAAAGAAAGAAAGUCUCCUGAGCUCAUGGGAUGCCGUCUAUUAGCAAUAUCGAGUCAAUACGUUUUUGGAACUGAGCAUUGAAACUAAUGAGUUGACAUUUUUAUUUCAUUGACAAAAGUGAACUGACUAUUCGUUGGAAUAGAAUAAGAAAAUUAAGAUUUCUUUGGUGGCGGCUCCCUUAAGGAAUUUGAAAGAGAAGCUCUGAUAAUUUUGAUCUAAUGACUGUAGGCAUUCCGUGUACCAGAGUUUAUAUGAUGCCGACAGAUUUUAGAUUUGGAUGGUAUGAUUGCUGCCAGGCUACUCUCUGGGCUUUGGAAAUGAUUCUAGUGGAAGAGUUUUCUACGUAUAAGGCGUUUAGGAACCGUCCGGAACAUCUUUCUCCAGGUAAUUUCAUAGUCUAUUUUAUUCGUAUCAAACUUUGCCUAUUGUUAUGGUUGCAUUUUUCAAAGACAGUAGCGCUUUGUUCGCGAUCUUCUUUUGUGUGUUCAGAUACUGCUUCCAACCUUCAUUCGGCUAUGAUCGGCACUGAAAUUGUCGUUGACAACAUUCUAAUACUAAGUAGGGGCUAGCCGGGGAAUUAAGUGAAACACAAACGACAGCCACAAAUCCGCAAAUCCACAGCCACAAGUCCGUUACAAAUGAAAAGCUAUUCUCGUUGAGAGUUUGAAGCUCCCUAUACAUGUUACUCAUUUACGACUGAAACUGCUUCAGUUAACUCAUCGCAAGGACUAAAAACCUAUGGGCGAUGUCAUCCCAAGACACUGUCUAGUGUCCAAAAGGAACUUUGGUCUUUAAAAAGUUUCAAGACAAAUGGAAGGGAAUAACUGAUUCAGUUUAACCUUGGUGGGAGCGCUUUUAGGGGAUCUUGAAAGAAAAGCUGUGUUAAUUAAGAGUCCUGCUUUGAUUGAAUGAUUUUAGGUGUUUCAGGCACCAGAGUUUAUAUGACACCGAAAGACUUUAGAUGUGGAUGGUGUGAUGAAUGCCAGGCCACUGUCUGGGCUUUGGAAAUGAUUCUAGUGGAAAAGCUUCCUCUGUAUAAGGCGUUUAGGAACCGUCCGAAACAUCUUUCUCGAGGUAAUUUCAUAAAUCUGUUCUAUUUACCGAUCGCAGUUGCAAGGCCGGACUAAAAACCUAUGGGCGAUGUCAUCCUAUGGUGUCCACAACCGCUUUGGUCCUCAUAAAGAAAAAAGAAGAGAAAAAUUAAUUGUUUAACUUUGGUGGCAGCGUCUUUAGGGAAUCUUGAAAGAAAAACUGUGUUAAUUAAGAGUCCUAUUUUGAUUCAAUGGUUUUAGGUGUUUUAACAAAGGGGGAAAAGUGUAGCCAUGGAUGGUAUGAUGGCUGCCUGGCCACGGUCUGGGCUUUGGAGAUGAUCGUGGAAAUUCACUCUCCAUAUAUGGUGUGCAGUGAGCUCGAGCAGGCCCGCAAACGGCCAAUCAGAAUCCAGAAACUUCCUACUCCAGGUAAUUUUAUAAAUCUAUUUUAUUUACCAAAAGCAAGGACUAAACACCUAUGGACGAUGUCAUACAAAGACCAUAAAGUACUGUCCACUGUCCUCGGCAACUUUUGUCUUAAAAUUAAUUUUUUUUGGUUAUUCAGGGUCAUCGACGUGUUGUAAUCUGGAUCUAAAGUUAUCCCACUGCAGUGUAGCCUUUUCCAGGUAAGACAGCGGUAAGAUAAUAGCAGCAUGCAUGUUCAAUUAGCGACAAGAUCACGGAGUGUCUGUCUCCUUGAACCUCAUCCCGCCAAAGCCACUUGCAAGAACUGACCGCUUAAAACGUAGUUUUUCCGCAUCAAAUUUCCAAAACUCUCAGAACAGAUAAAACCCGCUCAACAAGGGUGUUAUAUAAUAAUGAUGUAGCCUUAGAAAACAGCUGACAUUCCACGACGCCACUGUACCACUGGCUUCGACGUCAUUUAGUGGGGAAACCAGUGGUGGUGUCGUGAAAUGUCGGCUGUUUUCUUAGGCUAAUAAUGAUGACGCCUUAAAAAGGACCUUUAAGCUUGCUCUAGAUCAACAGGGCCGCCAAACAAGACUGUUUUUUCCAUGCAAGCGUAUAGCUUUGUAACUGUUAUCUACAUCACUAAAAAGUCAUUGAGUACCUUUUGAGAGACAUACGCUCUUGUUAUUUUCAACAGGAACAAAGUAAAGGACUCUGAAAAGCUGUCAGCUCCAGUCAGUGAAACUGUGUUAGAGUAUGAGAAAAGUUUUCAAGUUGAAAACCAAAGGAAAUUUAUUGCAGUUAUUUUUGUCAGCCCUUUAGGACGUAUGUUA